GCUUUCAGUUCGGCGGAGAACCGCUGCAAAUUCUACAGUUCUUGAUGAGCUAAUGCUUAUGUAUUCAAAUGUGUGUGUGUAGCAGGAAGAUUUGCGCUUAGUAAAAUACCGUUGUUGAGGCAAAAGCCGAUUUAGUUGCUGUCGAGACGCGCAUCAAGUCGCAACCAAGAAUAUUCGAGAGGACGCGUGAACGCACUGAGGCUGCGCAACGGGUGAACAGUGAAAUAUACAUACAAACAUACACAUACAAACAUACAAAUUUUAAUUAAUCUAGAGAAAUUGCAAAAAGUCAGUGAAAGAAAGAAUGUGGCGCACACUUUUUGCAGUCGCCUUGCUCGCCAGUUGCAUUUGCGAGAAUUCUCUCGCGCAGGAUGCUUUACGUGGUAUUCAUUUUCCCAGCGAGAGCCAUGAUGACGCCUGCUUUGUGGAUGCAGCAAAGAAGGUGCGUGGCACUUGCAAAAAUCUGGCUGAAUGCGGCUCAGCACUGCGACGUUGGAAGAAUCAAAAUAUACGCCCACAAACAUGUUACUUCAAUAAAUUCGAGCAUAUAGUUUGUUGUGAAAUCGAAAGAAGCCCCAUAUUGGAGCCGAUCCUCUAUAUGAAACCCAUGCAGGUGAAGCGGCGUAGUGAAGUGGAAUGUGAAUCCCAACAUGGCAGCAACUUUUACAUAACCAUUGUGAAAGGUCAGGCAGCAGCGGCCAAUGAAUUUCCCUACAUGGCCGCAGUGGGUUGGGUGUCGAAUACGGAUAGAAGCAGCGCGUUCUUUUACUGUGCCGGGGUGUUAAUAUCACCGCAGUUCGUCUUAACGGCAGCACAUUGUACCGGUUUGGGAGGACAAUCACCAACAGUGGUGCGCAUCGGUGGCACUAAUCUCACCGAUCCGAACACACCCAACAUACCGAUUAAGCGCAUCAUAGUGCAUCCAAGUUAUCGAAGUGGCUCUUCAUAUAAUGACAUUGCGCUGUUGGAAUUGGAGCAGGGAACAAGACAAAAACCUGCCUGCUUAUGGAACCGAUAUGAUGUGCCUCAUAACAAUGUGACGGCGCUUGGCUAUGGACAUACACAAUUCGCUGGCGCAAACUCGAAUGUUUUACAGAAGGCCAUCUUAUUUCUCAUACCCAGCGAUAUUUGUCAACGCUACUAUAUGCCCGAUGAGAAUAUAUUGCAACAAGGCUUGGCGAAUACUCAGAUUUGCGCUGGUGAUCAGGAAAAUCGUCGCGACACGUGUCAGGGUGACUCCGGUGGUCCACUUAUCCUGAAAGUCGAUCGCGACAUCACCUAUUCGUAUGUCGUGGGUAUAACGUCAUUUGGUCAAGCUUGUGGUGGUGCUCCGCCGAGUAUUUACUCGCGUGUUUCGGCGUAUAUUGACUGGAUAGAGGAUAUCGUAUGGCCCAUAGCUCAGUUGAGUGGUUUCGGUGUUAACGGUUGAUGACGUCAAUUUAGCACCGCAAUCUAACAGUUGCGAAGAUUAUUAAUUUUAGUUCUUUAGUUGUAUUCUACACUUAUUAUCGAAAAUAAGCUUAUGUCCAAUUGCACAUGCCUAUUGAUCAUACAUAGAAACUUUCUAAAAAUAAAAAUUACAUCCUCAUUAUCCUUAAA